CCUGGCGGGCGCGUGGCAGCUCUCCUUCCCGAGUUGAAGCCCAUCACGGGUGUGUUGUGCACCUGACGUCACCUGUGACAUCUUUGCAAUUAGGUGUCGCUGGGAAAGCAGGAGACCACGCACCAAGAAAGGUGCACUCUCAGAAGCUGUAAAACGCUCGAGUAAGUUCUGCCUUCCCCCCCCGCCCGCCUUUCACAGCCAGUGUCCAUCAUGGAUUAUCUCUCUAAGCCCGGGUUCCUCAGCGUCAUUGCCGGAGUCGCGUGCGGCGUGUGCCUGGGAUGGGGCAUUCGAGGGAGACUUUUAAGACAGCCCAAAACCGGAAUGACCGCACCCACCAACAAUCUGGGGAGCGAAGCUGACAUCAUGGGAGAGUCCGGAGAGUUCAAGAUGGUGCUGAUUGUCCGCAACGAUUUGAAGAUGGGGAAGGGUAAAGUAGCAGCACAGUGUUCCCAUGCCGCUGUUUCCGCUUACAAGCAAGUUCAGAGAAGAAAUCCCGAACUCCUGAAACAGUGGGAGUACUGCGGACAACCAAAAGUGGUCCUCAAAGCUCCCGAUGAAGAGACUCUGAUCCAACUCCUGGCUCAUGCUAAACACCUUGGACUGACUGUGAGCUUAAUACAAGAUGCCGGUCGUACUCAGAUAGCUCCAGGCUCCCAGACAGUCCUUGGUAUUGGACCAGGACCAGCUGAUGUAGUAGAUAAAGUUUCUGGUCAUCUAAAACUCUUCUAAACUAGGGAUCAAAGGAAUCUGAACACAGUGGUGUGUAUCUGUACUGAAGGGAUAAAAAUCCAGGUUUUGGGAUUUUUCUGUAUGUUCUCUCAGUAUAAAUAAAAUAAUCAGUUUUUGUAAGAGACUUAAAUUUACAAAUUGGGUUUCUCUA